UCCUUCUUCCAUGAUGAUAGUAGCUGUCUACUGCCCAGUGAUAGCAGCUCUCUUUAUCGUUUUGAAGAUGGUGAAUUACCGUUUGCACAGGGCACUGGAUGAGGGAGAAAUUGUGGAGAGGAAUGCCAAUGAGCAUAUGGACAGAGGUGCAAAAACAGAACAAAGCAAUGUUUCAGCCAAGAGGAAAGACAGCAAUGGGCCCAGUGACCCUGGUGGAGGGAUUGAGAUGUCAGAGUUCAUACGAGAAGCAACUCCCCCUGUUGGCUGUAGUUCACGCAAUUCUUAUGCUGGGAUAGAUCCAAACAACCAGGUUGGAUCUGGGUUAUCUCGUCUGGGAACAGCAGCAACCAUCAAAGGUGAUACUGACACUGCCAAGACCUCUGAUGAUAUCAGUUUGAGUCUUGGCCAGAGUUCUAGCCUAUGUAAAGAAGGGAGUGAAGAACAAGAUUUGGCAACUGAUCGGAAGCUUUUUCGUCUGGUCUCGAACGACUCGUUUGUCUCCAUCCAACCUUCAUUGUCCUCUGGACAGGAUUUGCCAAGGGACAGCGGUGACAAAGUGUGCCUCUCGAACAACCAGCUUGUGGACCAGUCUAAAAACAGUACAUGUGACACAGAAGUAGCUUCACUGGUAACUCUGCAUUCUCACUCCUAUAGGAAGGAUCAUAGACCACGAGGUGUACCAAGGACUUCUAGCUCUGCUGUUGCUUUUCCAGAUGCUUCACUAAAUGACUUCCCCCUCUAUCAGCAGAAACGAGGACUAGAUCCUGUCAGUGAGUUAGAAGCUUCCAAGCCCCCUUCUGGAUCCCGAGAGUCUUUGGGUGAGAACUCUUGCAUUUCAGGAGUUUUUCAAUUAGAUGACAUUCUGAAAAGUAGCAGCCCUCAACCAUUGACUAAGAGUGGGAAGAGCAAGUCCUUGAAAGCAGACAAAAGUAUGGACAGUCUGAGAAGCCUGAGUACUAGAAGCAGUGGUUCAACAGAAAGCUACUGCAGCGGGACUGAUCGUGACACCAACAGUACCAUCAGUAGCUACAAAAGUGAACAUACUAGCUCAACGCAUAUAGAAAGUGUAUUGUCAGAGCACGAGGAGGAGUCUCCUAGAGAAGAAAAAAAGGAUGGUAAGAAAAAAGACUGUGGUGUCGACUCAGAGGAUGACAGUAGUUCUACUACUGACAAAAGGACUAGUAGUGAAAGGACUGCUGUGGAAGUGAGUCCUCUGGGUGGUUUUCAAGGGGGACGGGGUUCUAAUGCAUCCGAUGAGAUGCACAGCCAGAAAGGUCUUGGUGCCUCUGCUUCAGAAGAGGCCAAUAAGAACCCACAUGCCAAUGAAUUGACUACACAAGCUGACAGGCCGCAUGGGAAGGCUGCUGAACAAAGAGAGGAGCAGAGUGAGAAACUAGCUGUGUUAGUAGAUUCAAGAGCUUCUAAAGAAACUAGUGGAAAACAAAAGGAAGGAGAUGUUCGACCAAAAUCUUCUAGUUUAAUACAUCGAACAGCCUCUACCCACAAGUCCAGCCGGAGAAGGACAGGAAAAAAGCGGGCUAGUAGUUUUGAUUCAAGUCGGCACAGGGAAUAUGUUUCCUUCCGAGGUGUAUCUGGUACUAAACCUCACAGUGCUGUGUUUUGUCACGAUGAGGACUCCAGUGAUCAAAGUGACUUGAGCAGGACAUCAAGCAUGCAGUCAGCUCACCAGUUCAGCAGUGAUAGCUCUUCCAGCACCACCUCCCAUUCAUGCCAGUCUCCUGAGGGAAAAUACAGUGCUUUAAAGACCAAAUACGUUUCUAAAGACCGUGGGGGCACAGACUCUGAAAAUGCUCACAAAACCCAUGUAAGCUCUGAAGGAAUUAGCAAAAAAAGAUCUACACGACGGACUUCUAGCACAAACAGUGCCAAGAAUCGUGCCAGAGUGUUAAGCCUGGACAGUGGUACUGUAGCUUGUUUAAAUGACCCAAAUAGUUUAAUGGCACCAGGUAACAUAAAACAGUUAACCACUUCAAAGUCUGAUUUGGAAGCCAAAGAAGGAGAGGUGCUAGAUGAGCUAUCUCUGUUGGGAAGGGCUUCACACUUAGAGUCAGUCACUCGUUCUAGGAAUAGCUUACCAAGCCAGGCUACAUUUCCUGAAGGGGAAGAGCAAGAAUCAGCAAGUGGAGCAGCACAAGCCAGCGAGGAGACUGUCACAUUCCGCCGUGAACGCAGCACAUUUAGGCGUCAGGCAGUACGACGCCGGCACAAUGCAGGGAGUAACCCUACCCCUCCUACAUUGCUCAUCGGAUCACCCCUCAGUGACACGGACUCUCAUGUAUCGAGUUCUACCUCAGUUCGCUUUUAUCCACAUGAUCUACUUUCUCUUCCUCAGAUCAGGUUGAACAGGCUGCUAACAAUGGAUACAGAUCUGCUGGAGCAGCAAGAUAUUGACCUGAGCCCUGACCUUCAGGACCACAUGCAACCUCAAGAGGAAGCAGCUCAAAAAGUCAAGCAGUACUAUCGCUUUUGGAUCCUGCCUAAACUUUGGAUUAGCAUCAAUUUUGAUAGAUUAACUCUUCUGGCUUUAUUUGAUAGGAAUCGUGAGAUCCUUGAGAACGUAUUAGCUGUCAUCCUAGCUAUUCUAGUUGCAUUUCUGGGCUCUGUACUUCUCAUAGAGGGUUUUUUCAAGGAUAUUUGGGUCUUCCAGUUCUGCCUGGUAAUAGCCAGUUGCCAGUACUCACUGUUGAAGAGUGUUCAGCCAGAUUCUUCUUCCCCUCGACAUGGUCACAAUCGUAUCAUAGCCUAUAGUAGGCCUGUAUAUUUCUGUUUGUGUUGUGGUCUGAUUUGGCUGUUGGAUUAUGGCAGCAGAAACAUAUCUACAACAAGAUUCAGGUUGUACGGAAUGGCUUUCACCAACCCAUUGCUGCUGCUGUCAGCCAGGGACUUAGUUAUAGUGUUUACACUAUGUUUCCCUAUAGUAUUCUUCAUUGGUCUCCUGCCUCAGGUGAAUACAUUUGUGAUGUAUCUCUGUGAACAGCUGGACAUUCAUGUCUUUGGUGGCAAUGCUACCACAAGCCUGCUUGCAGCACUUUACAGUUUUAUCUGUAGUAUUGUGGCAGUAGCAUUGUUGUAUGGACUGUGCUAUGGUGCCCUGAAGGAUUCCUGGGAUGGGCAGCAUAUUCCGGUUCUCUUCUCCAUAUUUUGUGGUUUGUUAGUGGCAAUAUCGUAUCAUCUCAGCAGACAAAGCAGUGACCCUUCUGUACUUUUCUCUUUAGUGCAAUCAAAAUUUUUUCCUAAUUCUGAAGACAAAAACCCUGAGGAUCCUCUGUCUGAAGUAAAAGAUCCUUUACCUGAGAAGCUUAGAAAUUCUGUGAGCGAACGAUUGCAGUCUGACCUUAUUGUGUGUAUAGUCAUUGGUGUCCUCUAUUUUGCAAUUCAUGUCAGUACAGUAUUUACAGUUUUACAGCCUAUUUUAAGUUAUGUUCUCUAUGCAUUGGUGGGUACGGUAGGCUUUGUGACCCAUUAUGUUCUGCCUCAACUCCGAAAGCAGCUUCCUUGGCAUUGCUUUUCUCACCCACUGCUGAAAACCAAGGAAUACCAUCAGUUUGAAGUCCGGAAUGCUGCGCAUGUUAUGUGGUUUGAGAAACUUCACAUUUGGCUCCUUUUCGUAGAGAAGAAUGUUAUAUAUCCACUGAUAGUCCUCAAUGAGCUCAGUAGCAGCGCUAAGAAUAUUGCUAGUCCAAAGAAACUGGAUACUGAGUUGGGUGCUUUAAUGAUCACAAUAGCUGGCUUGAAGUUACUGCGUUCAUCAUUCAGUAGCCCAACGUGCCAGUAUGUCACUGUUAUUUUCACAGUGCUCUUCUUUACUUUUGAUUACAAAAGUUUUACUGAGACCAUGCUGCUAGAUCUCUUCUUCAUGUCCAUACUCUUCAGCAAGCUUUGGGAACUCUUUUAUAAACUGAGGUUUGUAUAUACCUACAUUGCUCCCUGGCAGAUCACAUGGGGGUCUGCCUUCCAUGCUUUUGCCCAGCCCUUUGCUGUGCCACAUUCUGCCAUGUUGUUUGUCCAAGCAGCUGUGUCAGCUUUCUUCUCUACUCCACUGAAUCCUUUUCUGGGAAGUGCAAUAUUCAUCACUUCAUAUGCCAGGCCUGUCAAGUUCUGGGAAAGAGACUACAACACAAAACGUGUGGAUCAUUCAAAUACUAGACUGGCUUCGCAGCUAGAUCGGAACCCAGGUUCAGAUGAUAACAACCUGAAUUCUAUCUUCUAUGAGCAUUUAACUCGUUCCCUUCAGCACAGCUUAUGUGGAGACUUGUUGUUGGGUCGCUGGGGAAACUACAGUACUGGGGACUGCUUCAUCCUAGCCUCUGACUACCUCAAUGCACUAGUACACCUUAUAGAGAUAGGAAAUGGCUUGGUCACCUUCCAGCUGAGGGGGCUUGAAUUCAGAGGAACUUACUGUCAGCAGCGAGAAGUAGAGGCCAUCACAGAAGGUGUAGAGGAAGAUGAAGGUUUCUGUUGCUGUGAACCAGGCCACCUUCCUCACAUGCUUUCCUUUAACGCUGCCUUUGGGCAGCGUUGGCUGGCUUGGGAAGUGCUUGUAACAAAGUAUGUUCUGGAGGGUUACAGCAUCACUGACAACAGUGCAGCUUCCAUGCUUCAAGUCUUUGAUCUCCGGAAAAUUCUCACCACUUACUAUGUGAAGGGAAUUAUCUAUUAUGUCACAACAUCCCCCAAGCUAGAGGAGUGGUUAGCUAACGAGACAAUGCAGGAGGGACUGCGGCUGUGCACAGACCGCAAUUAUGUGGAUGUAGACCCAACAUUUAACCCCAAUAUUGAUGAGGAUUAUGACCACCGUCUGGCAGGGAUCUCACGGGAGAGCUUCUGUAUGAUAUAUUUGAACUGGAUAGAAUAUUGCUGCUCUCGAAGAGAAAAGCCACUGGAUUCAAGUAAAGACUCACCCCUAGUGACAUUGUGUUAUGGACUGUGUGUUCUGGGACGGAGAGCAUUGGGAACAGCUUCACAUCAUAUGUCUAGUAACCUGGAAUCCUUCUUGUAUGGCCUGCAUGCCUUGUUUAAGGGUGACUUCCGUAUAUCUUCAAUUAGAGAUGAAUGGAUCUUUGCUGACAUGGAAUUACUGAGGAAAGUUGUGGUGCCUGGAAUACGGAUGUCACUGAAGCUACAUCAAGAUCACUUCACUUCUCCAGAUGAAUAUGAUGAUCCUUCUGUCCUUUAUGAAGCUAUAACAACUCAUGAAGAAAAUCUGGUUAUAGCACACGAAGGGGACCCCGCUUGGCGGAGCGCAGUUCUUUCCAAUUCUCCGUCCCUUCUUGCUCUGCGCCACGUGAUGGAUGAUGGCACCAAUGAAUAUAAAAUCAUUAUGCUCAAUAAGCGCUAUCUCAGUUUCAGGGUCAUUAAGGUCAAUAAGGAGUGUGUACGUGGCCUGUGGGCAGGACAACAGCAGGAGCUUGUCUUCCUGCGUAAUCGUAAUCCAGAAAGAGGAAGUAUCCAAAAUGCUAAACAAGCUCUGAGGAACAUGAUCAACUCCUCUUGUGACCAGCCAAUUGGAUACCCAAUCUAUGUCUCUCCUUUGACUACUUCCUAUUCAGAUAGUCAUGAACAGCUAAAGGACAUUCUUGGGGGAGCCAUCAGCUUAGGAAACAUCAGAAACUUCAUAGUGUCUACAUGGCACAGACUAAGGAAAGGCUGUGGAGCUGGCUGCAAUAGUGGUGGAAAUAUUGAAGAUUCAGAUGCUGGAGGUGGAGCUUCUUGCACAAGUAACAAUGCAACUAUCAAUGAGUCACAGAGCAGCAUGUCACAAGGAGGAGGGACUGCAACUACAGGGCAGGGACCUGGAGCAGUACAGCACCCUCCUGUUGCAGCUCAUCCCACAACUUUUCCUGCAGCUCAUCCACCAACUCAUCCCUCCACUCUGGGCACCAGUCACAGCUCUCACUCUGUGCAGUCCAGCCUUGUCAGACAUUCCCCUGCCCGUGCCUCAGUAGCUAGCCAUUCAUCCUACUGCUACGGCAGCCGUCACUCAUCUCUCCGCACAUCCACAACAGGCUUUGUGCCUUGCCGGCGCUCUUCCACCAGUCAGAUUUCCCUUCGCAACCUCCCUUCAUCCAUCCAGUCCCGCCUGUCUAUGGUGAACCAAAUGGAACCUACUGGCCAGACUGGGGUCAGCGUGCAGCAUGGACUGCCCUCUUCUAGCAGCUCCAGCCAAAGCAUCCCAGCCUGUAAACAGCAUGCCCUUGUGGGCUUUCUAGGGACAGAAGGAGGGAGUAAUGCAGCUGAAACUCAGUCAGGUGGCAGUGCAAGCCCUGCAAAUCAAAUGCAAGCCAAAAAGGAUGACGUUAUUUACAGAAUCCAGUUAAUGGAUCCCAGUCAAGUACUGGAAGGGAUCAACGUGUCAAAAAGGAAAGAGCUGCAGUGGCCAGAUGAGGUGAUACGGCUAAAAGCUGGAAGAAACAGCUGGAAAGACUGGAGUCCUCAGGAAGGCAUGGAAGGCCAUGUGAUUCACCGCUGGGUGCCUUGCAGCAGAGAUCCAAGUAGUCGGUCACAUAUAGAUAAAACCAUCCUGCUGGUUCAAAUUGAAGAUAAAUAUGUUGCUGUUGUUGAAACUGGAGUCCUUGAACUUGGGGCUGAAGUCUAAAUCUCUUUGAGACUGAAACUUCCCCUUCUCCAAUGGUUCAAAAGAGAGAAGGGUCCAGAAGAAGCAGCUCCCAGGACACGAAACUUUGGUCCGGUUGUAGGAAAGGACUUGAAACACAGAUUUGUCUAAGUCCCUUUCCCCAAAUAAACAAGUGUAAGAAAUUUUUUUAAGUUGUUAGCUGCUGAAGAAACACUUGCAUGAAGGAUAGAUUUGUUGAGACAUAUCUUUUGUUUAUAAAUUUUGUUAUGCAUUGCGUAAUGCUUUAAAUCAACAAACUUUUCAGUUCUAAGAUCAGAGCACCUCAUAUUUUUCUAAUUGUUUUGCCAAAAAUUGCCAUGUCUUGUCACAGAGUGUGUGGAAUUCAUCCACCUUAUUUUAAUGAAAUUGACUACAAACCUUCAGUUUGGUGAAACAGUGUAAGGGUUUUCAGGUGUGGCAAGAAGAGACUGAACAGAUGUAUAGAUUCUUAUUCCUUAUGAGCUAAACAUUAAUGAGAACUGCACUAAUUUUUUUACAGCAAUGCACUAAAAACAACCCUGAGAUUGCUGAGAACAUUUAUUUAUAUAUAUAAAUAUAAGUAUAUAAAAUACCAUUAUUUAAAUUGCCUUUGGGAUUAAUCCCCUCCCUCUCCAUAUACAUGUUGAUGGCAAGGGCUGUGCCAUGGGUUUGGUUCUGUGUUCUGUAUUUCGUACAAGUGCAUUUGCUGCAUCCUCUUCACAAUAAAUGAUAAAGUAACAAAUGUGUAGAAAAGCACCUGAGUAUCCCUGUACUACAUCAGACUUUAUUGUGGUGGCAGUGGUACCUCAAGCCUGUACAACACAUCUAGCUUUAAAGUGGGCCCCAAUAUGACUUUCCAUCUGUCUUCCCUUCACUAGUCAUGGCUACUUUGCUUCUUUACGCCCCGAGCUGGCUGUGUUGUUUCAUUGGCUCUUCUCUGGCAAACAGUGGUUUUAGUUUUGUAGUGGGAGGUGCAGGUUCAUGGUUAUUUCACGGAUGCUUGAAGGUUUUUUUAUUCUAUCCAAUUUAAAAAGAAGAAACAGCAACAACUCCCCAAACAAAAUGAAAAAAGAGCCCAACAAAACUUGACUUCUGCUUUUAAUGAUCUUUUAUAGAAGGCACAGCCCUAAACUUGUAUCACUUUUACCACCUUGCCUUUUCUUUCCCUUUAGUCUUCAUUCUUUUCUAUGACUUGAAUUUUAUUUUCUGUGAUUAUAUAUUCUAUGUAAGUGUAAUUUGAGUAUUUAUAACUGUGAAGUUGAAUUAUUCAUGUGUUACAUAUCCUAGGUUUUAUUGUAUUUUUUUAAAAGUGUGUAUUCAGGGAAACAAGUAACUCAGAACUAUCAUGGGAGUGUGAGAGGGAAACUGGUUUGUUCUUGACUUGCAGUUCCUAUGACUCAUUUUCUUAAUCAGUAAGAAAGAAACGUACCUGUUGUGAUUGUUUCCUGUUUCUGAUCUGUAAUUAUAUAGGACUCUGUGAGGAAUUUGCAUAUAGUUCUAGCUUUUGGGAGCAGCCAUCUUUUUCCCAGUCACCUCCACUUCUUUAUAUGUGUCGUAACUAGGAGAGACUUCUGAUAUACCACAGAGGUUAUUAUAAUUAGUUCUCUAACAUCAGAGAAACAUUGUCCAUUAUGUACCUAAUGUAAGAGUGAAAUUACAUGGGAUAAGAAAAAAGAAAGAAACAGCUACCUAAGAAACACUGGUAUUCCAGCUCAAGUCACUGUAUGCCAUCUAGCCGUGCAAGGGUAAGUCUUUGUGCCUGGUAUUUACUCAAUUCCAGUUAUUGUUCCCAGUGAAUGAUACUGGGGCCUUGCUUGCAUCAUAGACUAUGCAAACUCAUCUUUGAAAUGCUGUGCAUCUUAAAGUUGCAUAUUACUUUUCACUUUAUUCAUACAUGGUCCCAUUUAAUCAUGGUAAAAAUGCACAGAUCUGCUACCCUUGAAACUAUGUGGAACAGCAAACUUAUUUAUCAUAGAUAUCACAUUACAGAGUAGUUGAAUUAACCUCCUGCGUAGGUCAAAGUGUAGUACAGUAGAUGAAACUUCCGUAGCAGUCUGGUAACACUGCUAUCAGGAAUGACAAAAAUGUGUAAGUUUUGAAUUGAAGGCCUUUUAGUGAAGGUUUUAGUCUAUGUCCUUCCUUUCAGGUUCUAAUUAAUUAAUACCUUUAAUUAAUUAGCCUUCCAGGUUUUCUGUAUCGUGAAGGACAUUGCUUCAUUUAAAAGGCAGAAGUUUGUUUUGAAAAUAAGGCCCUCUUUGAUGUUAGUUGCACAGGGUUGUUUCUUUUUCCCUUGGACUGAAGCCUUGAGGUAAACAAAUGACUGAACACCAAAAUAUAUUGGUUAGGUUUUUUUGCUUUGUUUUUUUUUUUUUUUAAAGCUGUCUGAAACAACUUUCACUAUGUUAGCCUUGACUGUACAAUCUCUCACUCUCUUUGGGGCAAAGUAAGGACAAUGUCCAUUGCUGGUAAAAGACGUGAUAGGAAUUAAUGGCUUUUUAAUGUGGAAAUUUUAGUGCAUAUGUCUGUCUGCUUGGAAUUAGAUUGGCAAAUAGCAGGUAGGGAGAGACAGACUUGUAAGGGCAAGGAGAAUUGAUUAAUAUUUCUAUUUUUUAUAAAACAUCAAGCUUUUGGUGUGCUGCCUUCAGGAGAUGGAUUUUAAUGUGGACAGCUUAACACUUUCAGGUGCUCAGCUAACAUCUGUUGUGAAGCUGGUCACACAAUGCUCAUACCUAUUCCAGAUCUGCUCAACAGAAGCCGCCUACUUGAAAUUUCACUCUUCCAUAAGGCUUUGAAAAAUUAACUCUAAAGCUUUUCCUGAACUUAAGAUUCAUAUGAUUGUGUGUUGGUUUGUACAGGGUUUGUCUUUGGUUUCCAGUGUGCAGGUGACAAAAAUGUUUGUUUUCUUCCAACUCAGAAUCGCACAGAGUUAACUAGGUUGAAAAAGACCUUUUGAGAUUAUAGAGUUCAACCUGUGACUGAAUGCCACUUUGUCAACUACUAGAGCAUGGUACGAAGUGCCAGUCUUUUCUUAAAUACCUCCAGGGAUGGUGACUCUACCAUCUCCCUGGGCAGCCCAUUCCUAUGCCCAAUCACUCUUUCUGUGAAGAAUUUCUUCCUAAUGUCCAGCCUAAACUUCCCUUGGCAUAGCUUAAGGCUGGAUCCUCUUGUCCUGGUGCUGGUUACCUGGGAGAAGAGACCAAUCCCCACCUGGCUACACCCUCCUUUCAGGGAGUUGUGGAGAGUGAUAAGGUUUCCUCUGAACCUCCUCUUUUCCGGCUGAACUACCCCAGCUCACUCAGCCUCCUCAUAGGAUUUGUGUUCCAGACCCUUCACCACCCUUGCUGCCCUAGUCUGGAUGCAUUUGAGCAUUUCAAUGUCCCUCCUAAACUGGGAGUUUCAAAACAGGACACAGGACUCAAGGUGAGGCCUCACCAGUGCCAAGGACAGGGGGACAAUCACUGCCCUGCUCCUGCUGGCCACACAGGCCAGGAUGCCGUUGGCCUUGGCCAUGUGGGCACACUUCCCCACAGGAUAGACCCGUCUGUGGAAACCUCUGUUCUAGUUCUAAUUAUUUCAUCUUUUGUUUUAUUUUCUUUGCCUUUGUCUUGAUGCGUAAUAUUUUUCUGCUGUUGUAAGGAUGGAAAAGAUGGAUAUUUUCAAAUUAGUCCUGUCAGUCCAAAUGGAACCUUACCAUAGAGCAGAGUUUUUUUGAUCUGUUUAGACUUCCAUGAAAACCCUUACAAAUGUUUGCUUCUACCCCGUUCCCUUGUACUGUGGUAUUCUCUUGCCAUAAGAACAUUCCAGUUAAGUCCUACUGUUGUAGCUUCCAGGUAAAUCCCAAUCUAUUUUCUUUCUCUCAGAUUUCUUUGGAGGUGGUAUCUAUGUAUACAUAUGUAAAGACUUCUCCCUAAAACACUCAGUUGCAGAAAAGGGCUUGAAAACCCCAUCAGAUACUAUUCAUUAUUAAAAAUGGCAAAUACAUGAUGUUUUAAAACCUUUUCCCAUUUCACUUCUCUGUGAAAUCUUUUAAAGUGUUCUGACUUUUUAAAAAACCCAAAACCUAGAAUUGUGUAUGUGACACCACUGAUGACAUGUAGACUUGCAGCGGAUGAUACUAGUGCUGGAUACUGGGGCCCUCUCUCAUGGUCCAGCAUGUUUGGAAUUUUUCAGAGUUUGGGGAAGGUGAUGGUGAUGAUUAUUUCUUGAGGUAAUUCCAUGUUGGCUGAAUGUUCCUACAGCCACUUUGCCUGGGACAUCUGGCAUGUUUCUGAGCGGUGAUGUCAGUUUUCUACUCAAGAGUGCUGUUAUCACCAGUCAUUCCUUGUCCCGUGGUCUCAAUGCCUUUGGGAACUGAAGAACUCUUUGAGAAGCCUGGAUGACUGGUGAGGUGACAGAUGACGACUUGUGGCACAAGUCCAUGCCUUUGGCCCUUUGGCAAGAGGCCAUAAAGCUUUGUCUGGAUUUGGGCAAGGCGGGGAGGGCGGUGGGGGAAGAAAUGCUUUAUGAUUGAUUCAGCUUUCUCUGAUAAUGCACACACCACCAUGCAACCCAGAAGCAUAAAUAACAGACACUGCUUUAAAGACCUCUCUCAAUUACAGAACUCUCCAUUCACAAAAUGGAGCUGGAUAAAUUGCAUUUCUUACCAUUAAGAGUAAUUCCACUUAUAUUGGAUUUGGGGUUGUACCACCACAGGUUUUAUGUACUUAAUUUUAUUAAGGAAUUUUAUACCUAUUAUAUAGGCAUCUAUUCUUUUCUUGUCUGGCUUGCUAUUUGAUAUUCUAAUACAGUACAUUCAGUGGCGCUGGACUCUUUCAGAAAUUAUACUGGUAAUUUCUGGUGCCUUAGUGAAACAGUGGGUACAUAACACCUUGGUGGAAGGUAAAGCAUGUGACUUGUUUCACCCCAGCAUGAUAUGCAUAUUUCUAAAAAGGUGAUUAAGAUGGCUGCCCCAAAAGAAUUUGGGAGUAUACCUACGUCAUUUGGUCAUGAACAUUUGAAUAUGAGCAAUUUUUAUGACUUCUGGUAUGUACAGUUUGAAUAGAUAAGCCCAGUACACUUAGGCAACAGCUUUGAAAGAUGGCAAUCAAAUAGCUGGAUAUGUAACUUCUUACACAGAUGCCCCUGAAAGCUUGACAAUAGCUGCUGGUUAGGAAAUGGAGAGGGGAGUGGAGCAUAAAUGAGAGGAUGGGUUUGGUUUUUAAUGGACAAUGAAAAUAUAUAUUGCCUCUACCAGCAAACGGUUACAUUGCCAGGGAUAGGGAUAUAUGUACCUGCGUGUCUGUGAGUGUGUAUGUGUCUGCGUGUGUUAUUGGAAACAGCCUGUAAAUAUUGUAGCUGUUUAAAAUGGAAAAGGCAGAGAGUUUUUUUGCAACAUGUUGCAGCAAAAGGACAGUAUUGACAGUGGAGAAACACUGAGAAAUAAAAAACCUUUUUUCA